AGGAUGGAUCCAGAAGCAUAUCGAGCUAUUGUUUUCAAUUCGGCGCGAGAUGGUAAUUUACGACGUUUGCGUAUUUUCCUGGAAGACCGGUCACACGAAUGGCUUCAUCACUGUUUGUCGUCACAGAAAUCCCAAACUCCACCACUUGUCAUCGCUGCUCGAAAUGGCCAUUUCGAUGUUGUCAAAUACUUGCUGGAAAAGGGCGCGGAUGUUUCAAUCACUGGGACAGUUUCAUUUGAUGGUGAAAUUAUCCCUGGAGCGCCAGUUUUAUGGGCUGCAGCAGCUGCAGGACAUAUAGAUAUUGUUCGGUAUCUUGUUGAAAAAGCUGGUGCCGAUAUCAAUCAAACAACGCAGUCUAACAGUUCUCCUUUACGAGGCGCAUGCUAUGAUGGUCACUUCGACAUAGUUCAAUAUCUGGUGAAAAAAGGAGCUGAUAUCGAAUUGGCUAAUCGACAUGGGCAUACACCGUUGAUGAUUGCUGCUUUUAAAAUGCGAGCUGAUAUUGUACAGUUUCUGUUGGAACAAGGAGCGGAUCCUUGCCGUGCAUCUAUCAAAGGAAACACAGCAAUGCACGACGCUGCGGAAGCUGGUUCCAAUGAAAUUGUAUGCAUGUUAUUAGAAGCUGGUGCAAAAAAUGUUAAAGAUGAUUGUAGUAUGACGCCGAUGCAAUGCGCUGCGCUAGCUGGACAUGAAGAAGUGCUUAAGUCAUUAUCUGCUGUGGCUACUGCUCACGAGACAAGAGACGCAUUAAAAUUAUUCGGUGCUACUUUAGUGGAUAAAAAGAUGGAUUUAAGUAGUGCUGUACGUGUUUGGUUUGAAGCAGUUAAUUACGGUGAGCCACUUCGCGUGCGUACUGCUCUCCAUGUUUACGAUGAUUUGUUCGAAAUAGACACAGAUGCUGACAUACGUCAUAUUAUUGGCGAUCCUGAUGCAAUCAGAAUGCAGGCAUUAAUCAUGCGGGAAAGGAUCAUCGGUGGAGGUCAUCACGAAACACAUUAUUUCAUACGUUACCGUGGCGCUGUAUACUGUGAUUUGGGUGAAACAAAUCGAUGCUUCCAGCUAUGGAUGCAUGCGCUCCAUCUGCAGCAAAGACAUCUUUGCGCACUGCAUCCGUCAACUAUUUCUACAAUUGGAGCAUUUAUUGACACAUUUAUAUUAACGGUGAAUGAAGGAAUUAUAAUUGCUAAUGCGGAUGGUGUACGUGUUGCUCCACUUUCUCGCAAAUACGUAAUGGAGGUACUAGAAAAAACUGUCUAUGAACUGGAAAGAUUUAGUGGUGGCGACACAAGAAUUAAAACAGAUGAAAUUACUGAAGAACCCGAUGACGAAAACCGGUGCACUGAUUUCUUGAUGCUUGCUUCCCUUCAACUGAUUCUUUUGAUUCGACGUCUGUCUCCUGGCGAGAGCAAACUGACGUCAAAUUUAGAAACAGAAGCUGAUGAAAAGGAGAAUUUUGACACUUCUUUAUCAUAUAUGGUUACACGUUUAACAUUAGUUUCGAAAUGUCUGAAUUUAUAUCCUCUUCACGCUGCUUGUCAUGAUAUUGACAAGCCAGUAACAGCCCGUUUUCCAUGUGCGUGUGUUAUUACGAUGCUCAUCGACAGUGGAAUCGAUGUAAACACGAAAAAUUCAUUGGGUAACACUGCAUUACACACGAUCUUGCUAAGUAGUAAUCCUAGACAGAGUGUCAUCAAGCUACUGCUUCAAAAUGGUGCAACACUUUUAGCUCGUAAUAACGAUGAUCAAACAUGUUUGGAGUUGAUCUCAGCGAAACUGCCUCGUGCAACUGGGCAGCUCAGAUUGGGUCGAUACCUUACACUUAUGGGUCUUGCCGCAAAUGUUGUACGACGAAAGAUUUAUGAGGUCGAAUACAAGAAAAUUGUUCCAAAAGACCUGUUUGGAUUUUUGGAUUUGCAUUGAAAUUUACUCAAUAUGAGAUUCGUCGCUUUUUUUCGUUGCCUCUGUAUCUGUGUACAUCGGUUUCAUUUUGUCUUUUAUAGUUUUAUAUCGUGAAUAACUUAAUUACAUUUGUCUGACUGCUUUUUAAUACGAAACUAGCGAAAAAUCUCUUUCUUGUCAAAUGAUUUUUAGAGAACUGGUUGAAAAGUAC